AACAAUUCAGUAGAAAUGAAACAAUUUUUACAAUUUCAGGCAAAGAAGAUAGUAGGGAAAACACGCCAUAAUGACCCAUUAAUCAGCAGCGUUUUAGAACUCAACACAUCAUCUAACCCCGACAUGGACAUUGUGACUACUAAUAAUGGAACAUUCCACGACUCUGCACAUCCCUCUUCUUCAGGAUCAUCAUCUCCAACAUUCCUCGGUAGGAACAGUAACUUUUCUUUGGCUCUACAAGUUACAACUUCCGUAACGAACGGUGACGCAACAAGCGGUGAUCUGUGGUCUCCAAGUAGCAGCGAAGAUAACAAUUCUCCUACAGAACUGAACACGUGGAAGCAGAUGAAAGAAAAACCACCCCUGCUGAAAACAGUAGACGUUGGAGAAAAAUCUGAUGGAAAAGUAAUGAGUCAUAAUCGUCCUCUGUCGGGGGGUUACGUUAACGAAGCUUCAAAUUGGGAAGGAAAAAACAGUCAAGAGAUUAAUCCACUCUCUCCUAAGAAAAAUAGCUUCCAACUGUGUAGAACGAGCCAGUUACCGACGGCACCAGCCACUGAUGAAGAAAGUCUAUUGGAACUCUCUAGUGAUUUCAGCAGUAAGAGGUCAUCUCAGUCUUCUUGUGACCACAGUGCACCCUCUCUUUCCGAUUCUGUGGUAUCGGGGGACGAUAAAUCAGAAUCAGUAGGAUGUAGAGGAAAACGAAUAAGUCAUAGCAGUAGUAACAGCAGCACACCACCCCCACCUCCACCGGAAAGAUACGAUUCUCUUCACGCUCAGAUGUCUGAAGAGAAAGAACUUAAGGGUGCACCUUGGUUCCAAGCAGGAAUACCGAGGGAAAUAGCGUUGGAAGUGUUGGCUCAAGAGCCUGUAGGAUCUUUUAUGGUGAGAGAAAGCACGAGUAAACCAGGAUGCUAUGCUUUGUCUCUGCGAGUGCCUAGAGAUUUCCACCCAUCCGGAAUUGCCCAUUAUCUUAUCAUGAGAACAAAUCGAGGUUACAAGAUCAAGGGUUUCACCAAAGAAUUCAGCACAUUGACUGCACUCAUUACUCACCAUUCCGUCAUGCCAGAGUUAUUGCCAUGUCCUCUUUGUUUAUCUCGAUAUAAUCCAACAUUCCGUAAAUUGGACUCAUCUCAGGACAUGGUGGACAUCGACGAAGAUCCAGAUUACAAUUUACUUGCCGAUUUUCGUAAAAUGAUGGCGGAUUUAGAUGCAUGAUACCUGCACUAUCCGUAAUAACAAUUAUAGGUUUUUGUACAGGAAGCUAUUUUAAUGGCAUAAAUAUAAAUAUAUAAAUAUAAAUAUAUAUA